CGGCACGCGGUAAAGUACCACCAGAUCCUCGUACUUCCUUCAUCCCCAUUGCUACCUGCCUACUACAAACACGAGAUCAUCUACCUUAUUGCUUCUACUUUACCAUCAUGACUUCAACUCUGAUUCCCAUUCCCCAGAACGCCGAGUUUUGGUGCGAUAGAUUGUUCCAUCUCACCGCGCCUGUUGUUCUGACCGGCGAAGAAUUCGACACGUACUGGCCACUCGUGAGUACGGUGUACACGAAGCUCAAUGGUAGCAAAAUCCAGAGGAACGGCGAAGUCACGGUACAGCGAUACGAGUGCCGAUUGCGGAAGAGUAAGAAGGGCGGUAAACCUCCUCCACCGAAGGAUCCGGGGUCAGUGAAGAAGCGAUACGGAACUACAGUGCGACAGCCGGGGCUUUGCCAGGUCCGGAUCAAAGUCACGCGUACCAUCGAAAUGCCAAUCACUGUCACGGUCGAACGCUUGGAUGCGGAAGAACACCUGCACGAUCUGGCUAGAAGUAGGGAGAUUGCACCGUCGGUGCUCGCGAUUCAAGUGGCGGCAGCGGAAGCGUUGAAGGGUUACCAGCCCGCACAAGUGAUGAACACGUUGAAAGGAGUCGGCACACCCCAGGGCUCCGAACGCCUUAUCGCGAUCGGUGGAGCGCACAUGACCCGAAAACACGUACAAAACGCAGUGGCACGACGCGUCCACCGAGUGGAUGAUCGUAUACCUUUGAAUCGGGCUACUACCUUGCGGCAGGAGAUUGAUGAUGCCAUCAGUUUUCUCGGGGAGAAAGGAUGGUUACAUGAGGAGUUUACUGUGUUGGAUGCGGAGGGUGCGCCUCGUUGGGGACUCUGCUUUGCGCAUCCGACGCGUAUUCAGGCCCUCAAAAGACGGGGCUAUUUUACGCAAUUCGAUUCCACCAACAAGACUACUACGUGGGGCCACAAUGUGUUCUCCUUUCUGGUUCGCAACGAGCAAGGAAUAUGGAUUCCCGGUACUCAUUGUGUGGUGGAGGGAGAAAAUCCCGAGAUUCUCGCUCUUGCCAUGAAGACUUUCAAGAAAUGGUGUGGGUGGGAACCUCGCUAUGUUCUUACUGGCGAAGAUAGUGCUGUUGAGCAGCUCGCUGUUCGACGUGCGUUUCCCGGGCCCGAAGGAGGAGAACAGGCCGUCGAGCACCUCCUCUGCUCCGUCCACACGAUGCGUACUCUUGACACACGAUUCAAGUCCGCAGCUGACAAGCAAAUUCUCAAUGCUUUACGAAAAGCGCUGUACGCGUUGACGCGUAACCGGUGUCUUGACCUGUGCCGAGAAGCCAUCUACCUGGCACAGGACGAGGUAACCAAGAAUAUCAUUCGCACGUCUUGGCUGGAUACCACCCGGAAAUGGGCCAUGUAUGCGCGCUCUCAUAGUCCUCUUCUUCAGCAGAUCAUGUCAACAAACGGUGUGGAUACUUGGCAUCGUGAACUGGAAGCUCGUGCUGGACUAGGAAACGUCGACGCAACCAUUCAUGGCAUCAAGGACAUGAUUCUCGACAUCAUGCAACAAGCAGAAUGCCGAGAUUCGACCGCACAGAAAGCCCUGAAUGACUUCCGUGUCAAUGGUUACUUCAUCGGCAACUGCGAGUAUCCAGAAGUCGGGUUAUUUCCACGCCCGGUGCAAAAGUUACUGCGCCCGGAGGUUGAUGGCGUCAUGGAUAGAAUUGUCCAGGGGAAGGAGGCUCCUGUUUUUGACCAAGAUUUAACGUGUCAUUGCAAGUUUUCCCGGCAAUAUUUGCUUCCUUGCCGCCACAUAUUUCACCUGGAUUCGAGAACGAAGGUUCUCACUAAGGACCGGUGGCAGACGUAUGUCGCUUUGUUUGCGGACCGAGGGUUUGAAGUUUACGAGACGAUGGGACAUGCGCUGCCACCAGUGGAGUCGGAGGAACGACCAGAGGUGGAAAGCGUCAGAGCCAGAAGCUCUCUUCGGUUACGCCAACUGAGGGAACGUCUUACUCAACAGCUUCACGCCGUCCAUGACAUGAUGGAAGCAAACCAUGUUGUGGAAGCAGAACGUCGGGAGACCGUGGACAAUUGGAUGGGGUUGGUACAUAAGGUGGUAGAGCCACUGGCUGAUGUGUUGCCCGAGGAUAUUGUAAGGCAUAAUGGUAGACCGUGGGAACUAUAGAUAAUCAAAACUUUUUGGUCGGACGGCGUGCGCCGUUCACUCCCG